GGCAGCACAGUCCAUGAUGGCAACGAAAGAAAACGUAGCAUGUAAAGUUAAUCUGUUGGCUUGUUAAUUGGCUAACGUUAUAUCAACUCUUUUGACGGCAAAAAAUAUGGUGCCGGUUAUAGGAUUUCAUUUGUAGUUAUAAAAGGAAACAUUUGACUAUUUUCUUGCAUCGUUGGAAAUGGCAUCAAGCAACCCGUCUGUAUUUCUUCUGAUGAUCAACGGGCAAAUAGAGGGAGCCAAUUUUCCAGAGUACGACGACCUGUAUUGCAAGUUUUGUUUUGUGUAUGGUCACGACUGGGCUCCCACGUCGGGUUUGGAGGAGGGCAUCUCUCAGAUAACAUGCAAAAGCAGAGAAUCACAUAAGCUGAUCUGGAACUUCCCCCUGGAUAUCACCUUUAAGAGCACCAAUCCCUUUGGAUGGCCACAGAUUGUGGUGAGUGUCUAUGGUCCCGACGUCUUUGGAAAUGAUGUUGUCCGAGGUUAUGGUGCCACACAUAUCCCCUUCACCCCUGGAAAACACACAAGAACUAUACCGAUGUUUGUUCCAGAAUCCACAUCAAGACUUCAAAAGCUUACAAGCUGGCUUAUGGGAAGACGUCCUGAGUUCACGGACCCAAAAGUGGUAGCCCAAGGAGAAGGAAGAGAAGUAACGCGGGUGCGUUCUCAAGGCUUCGUCACGCUCCAGUUCAACAUCGUGACCAAGGACCUGAAGAAACUGGGCUACGACACCACCCCCGGAUCCUCCGAGGCGCCUCCAGUCACAGGCCUGUCUGGAACGGACCAGCCAUACACAUUGUGAUAGCCCUGCCUGACCAAGAGCAGCCUUACUGGCACCAAUUACGACAUUCGCACUAGCCGCUAAGCACCCAGAGGGGCAGCUCGAGUGCUUCCACAAUGUCUUAAAUCAUUUCAGCGAAUUAUAGGAACUUUGAUUUUUACUGUAGUACACUAGCAGUGUGUGUGCGUGUCUCACUGAAAUUGAUGAAGCAGAGGUUUGAGGUUUUUUUGUAUAUAUUUAUAUAUUAAAUUGUGGUUUGUAUUUCUUA